GUGGAGCCUGGUACAAGGGCCGCUGGUACGAUCAGAACACUGUCUCGGCCUUACAGCAGUCGCAGCCUUGUGAUCUGAUUAACUUUUACCAGCAUGCCUGGCACGACACCGACCAUACUCGCUCACUGCGACACCAAGCUCUGGACAGCCUCACCAGGGUCAUUCAGCAAGCCAUGGUCCUUGGCCUCGAUCUGUGUGUAUUGAACACUUUCCAAUCCAGUCACCCACCCCACACUUAUUGCUGGGGAACGCAGCGUUCACACAUAGACUUCAUCAUGAUCAAACGUGACCUAGCGGAUGGCCACUCGCGUCAAUCCCAUGCCAAGCAUGAUCAUCCCCUUGGCUGUUGGCGGGGGGGAGCUCGCCAUUUUCCUGUUCAUGCCGGUGUCCCCGUCAUUUGGCGGCCCUGGUCUCAGAGCCCACAGGACACAGUCACCAAAGCGAUUGACCGUCACGCCAUUGCCGACGCACUGGCAGGCAAGGCCGACCCCAGGGUUCAGGAUUUUCGGAGAGACUUGCAAACUCAACUGGAUUCCAUUAGCCACGACUUAGUGGCUCUUCAUGACACUGUGCGUUCUCUUGCCAUCAAACACUUUCCGAAGAAAGCACCCGUCAGGGAGCAACGUCCAUGGCAGGAUGGUACUCUGCAACAAUAUGCAUCCCUCAUGGGGGGCCACCUUCGCAAGCUGCGCAGGUGGGCGUCUCGGCCUGCUGCGUAUCAGCGUGCUCAGGCCCUGUUCCAGUGCUGGCGUCAUAGUGUCCAGUUUGCGCGCAUGCACCGCAUGGCUCAGCGCCAGGGUAAGGAACUUCGCCGUGCACGCCGAGCCAACCUCUUAAUGCAGGCUGAUCAAGCUAUUAGUUCGGGGUCCAGUCGCCUUUUCUAUCAGUUAGUGGACAAGUUGGCUCCUAAGGGCAGGUAUCGUAAAUUUCAGCUCAGCCGAGGUGGGUCCAUACUGACACCAGAGGAGGAACUAGACACCAUGCGCAAACACUUUACGCAGGUCUUCAAUGGUGACAACACACAACUACCGACUCCCCCAGAACUACAUGCGGAGGACAGCUCUCUCCCCGUCGACAGCCGAGAGCUGCAAGUUUUUCUGGACAAGCUUCCGGCUCGCAAGGCCGGAGCUCCUCACACAGCCCCCGGUGCGGUAUGGUGCAUGUGUUCAGAUCUGGUCGCUACUCCGCUUGCCAAGAUCCUAACUCAGCGUUGGAGCCAGGCGCCACUUCAGCCGCCAGACAACUGGGCCAAGGCCACACUCUCUCUGUUGUUGAAGCCACAUAAAACGGGAUCCUCGCCGAAAGACUUUAGACCUAUUGGUCUCCUUGACGCCCUUGGAAAAGCGUCGAUCUCUAUGUUGCUAUCUAAGCUGCGCUUUGACCUGGAAACAUACGUCCGUACCACACCACAAUUUGCUUAUGUGACGGGCAGAUCGACGUCCGAUGCAUUAAGACGAGUCUUUCUCCAUAACCACGACGCUCGUGCCCUCCGCAGUCCCAGCACGCGAGACCCUCACUUCAAACGUGCCGGAGGUCGCUCACCGUCUCUACAAGGCGGACUUCAGGUCUGCUUGGACCUUACAUCAGCAUUUGACUAUGUACCACGACAUCUUAUAGCUGAGGCUCUGCACGAGGCGGGUAUCACAGGGGCUCCGGCCGAACUCCUAUUGAACUGGUUGCACCAAUGCACGUAUGAUCUCUACAUUGACCAGCAGCAUACAAGCAUCCCCACCAACAGGGGAGUCAAGCAGGGCUGUCCCGCCAGUCCCCUGCUCUUCGCGGCUUUCAUGACACUCGUCACGCGACGACUUAGCUCACGCCUUACAACUGAAUGGGUGGAACGAUGUUUAACCAUGUUUGCCGACGACUUCCACAUUGGCCAGUGCUUUCACAGCUACCAUGAGCUUGAAACGCUCAGCUCACGGAUAGGCUAUAUCAUGUCUACAUUACGGAGCCAUGGCAUGAGCGUCCACGCCACCAAGGCGAAAGCAAUCAUCACGAUUGAAGGCACCAAACGCAGCACUGCAGUCAAGAAGCUUGUACGCACCAGUGAAGACGGCAGGCUCUUUCGAAUACACACCAAACAAGGCGACGAAUUUCUUCCGCUCGUACGACAGGCGGACUACCUAGGCUUAGAUGUGUUUUACAUGCUCACCGUACUCUCACCAUCACGCACAGGAUCAGUGCAGACUUUGGUCUUGAAGCAUCUACGGGGAAUCGCCAGGAAAACUUUUGAGUCGGCGUUUGGACGCCAGGAGCCGGAUGAUCCUCAUGUUCUCCCAUACGACCACGACUGGAACUUACAUCUUGCCAGCCGUCUCAUGUCGGAGGCACAAGACCUGCAGGUUGCGUCCCUGAAGGUCCCAAAGCACCCCUUUGACCGCGCUCGACACUCCGUGGACGGUGUUUCAGUGUCCAGAGGGCCGGCCCCUCAGAAGGGCACGGAAUCGGAGAGGGAAGACGAGAGCUUCGGCAGCGUGCUCGUGGCAGCGGGGAAGAGGGGAACGGACGAGAAGCCGACAGGCGCACCCCAGGACCGCCUUCCGAAAGUCGGCCGAGGCUCAGUUGCCUUGGGCGGACAGGGCAAGGGCUUUCAGGGCAAGGGCGGGCGUCGUCGUCCGGGCAAGAACCAGAACGGGCGCCCGCAGAGCGACAGCGGCAACUCCAGCUUUCUCAGUGGUUCCACCACGGAUGGGGAGGAUGCCGAACUGCUCCAUCUCGUAGCUCGGGCAAUUGUCCGUCACGAGGACACUUUGAAUGUCCUUCGUCGCUCCACCGGAUGGGUCUUCUGGAUCCGAUCGGGGGACCACUCGAUUCUGCCCACGUUGGUCGAUCUGGCGAGCAAAUGGCGCGAGGUUGCGGAGAAGCAGGAGAUUCAGGCAGAUCAUAUCAGCCUCAGGGUGACCCUUCUCUGGGGCAUCUUCACGACCUUGAAGGAGAAGCUGUCCCAUCUCUCGCAGGAGCAGCUGGCCUACGCCAAUCGCGCCUCGUGGAUCGACACGUCGAGCAACUGGAAUUUCCAGCGAUGGGACUCCCAGCAUCAGAUGCUCAUUGUGGACACCUACCGUCCCCCCCUCAGCCUGGCCCAGAUCCAGGAAAGCCUUGCCACCCUUCUUCGGGUGAUCAACGGAGACACCCUCACACGGUUCGCAGCCACGAAGGGCAUCAGCGCGGACAUGCAGGGCACAGUUCUCUUUCAGGCGGACAUCAGCCUGCGC